GAGUGAAGACUGCACCUUCUAGAGGGAGGAGCAUAGCUACAGCUCAAAGAAAAUGAAUGGCACACUGGAUCACCCAGAUCAACCUGACCUAGAUGCCAUCAAGAUGUUUGUGGGGCAGGUUCCACGGAGCUGGUGUGAGAAGGAUCUGAGAGAACUCUUUGAACAGUAUGGUGCUGUCUACGAAAUUAACGUCCUGAGGGACAGGAGCCAAAACCCUCCUCAGAGCAAAGGGUGCUGUUUUGUUACAUUUUAUACCCGUAAAGCUGCACUAGAAGCACAGAAUGCGCUCCACAACAUGAAGAUCCUCCCAGGGAUGCACCAUCCCAUCCAGAUGAAACCAGCUGAUAGUGAAAAAAAUAAUGCAGUGGAAGAUAGAAAGCUGUUUAUUGGGAUGAUCUCCAAGAAGUGCAAUGAAAAUGACAUCCGGGUGAUGUUCUCCUCCUUUGGGCAGAUUGAGGAAUGCAGGAUAUUACGGGGCCCAGAUGGCCUGAGCCGAGGUUGUGCAUUUGUGACUUUUACAACAAGAGCCAUGGCACAAACAGCAAUCAAAGCAAUGCACCAAGCACAGACCAUGGAGGGUUGCUCUUCUCCCAUCGUGGUGAAAUUUGCAGAUACGCAGAAGGACAAAGAGCAGAAACGUAUUGCUCAGCAACUCCAGCAGCAGAUGCAACAGAUAAGCGCUGCCUCUGUAUGGGGAAACCUGGCUGGUCUGAACACACUUGGACCCCAAUACUUAGCACUCCUUCAGCAGACAGCAGCUGCCUCAUCUGGGAACCUGAACACAUUGAGCAGUCUCCACCCAAUGGGAGGGUUGAAUGCGAUGCAGUUACAGAACCUGGCUGCAUUAGCAGCUGCAGCCACUGCAGCUCAGAACACACCAAGUGGCACCGCUGCACUCACUUCUUCCAGCAGUCCCCUAAGUGUGCUCACCAGUUCAGGGUCCUCACCUAGCUCGAGUAGCAGCUCCUCUGUUAACCCAAUGGCCUCUCUUGGAGCGCUGCAGACGUUAGCAGGUGCUACAGCAGGCCUCAAUGUCAGCUCUUUAGCAGGGAUGGCAGCCUUAAAUGGUGGACUUGGCAGCGGUGGCCUCUCAAAUGGCACGGGUAGCACAAUGGAGGCCCUCACUCAGGCGUACUCUGGGAUUCAGCAAUAUGCUGCUGCCGCAUUGCCCACUCUCUACAACCAGAGUCUGUUAACACAACAGAGUAUUGGUGCAGCAGGAAGUCAAAAAGAAGGUCCAGAGGGAGCCAAUCUGUUCAUCUACCACCUCCCCCAGGAGUUUGGGGACCAGGACCUGCUGCAGAUGUUCAUGCCAUUUGGGAAUGUCGUCUCCGCCAAGGUUUUCAUUGACAAGCAGACCAAUCUAAGCAAGUGUUUUGGUUUUGUAAGUUACGACAAUCCUGUCUCUGCACAGGCUGCCAUCCAGUCAAUGAACGGCUUUCAAAUUGGCAUGAAGCGUCUGAAAGUGCAGCUCAAGCGCUCUAAGAAUGACAGCAAGCCAUACUGAGCGCCCCUCCCCUCUGGGACUGGAGGGAGAAGGAUCUUCUGGUAAGUUGGGGAGGAGCGCACUUAGUGAUUCGAAGUCCUAAGGCUGUGUUUUUACAGUCCUGGAUGCUGAUCCAUGCCAUUCUAGCUCGCACAUCUUCCCCCUGAAGAUUCAGCUGCAGCGUCCGCUGGGAUUUCUGCUUCGGAUGGAGGACAAGUUUGUGAUUUUGUUUCCAGUAUUUUACUUUGGAUUUUAGGUGCCAUAUCACUGAGGUGUUUUGUUGUUGUUGUUGUUUUUCCUUAUUUGAAGUUUGCUGUGUUUGUAUCCAGUGUGUUGAGAAGGACCAAUGCCAGCUACUUUAGUGGGGGAGGCGGGGGAGUAUAGAAAGAGCAGCAGAACUGACAUGACACCAGAGGGAAGAAGGAGGAGCAGAACUGACACCAGACAGCAUUGAGGAAAAGAAAGGCGGGGAGGGAGAACCACCUUGAGAUGGGCAAGGAGCAGACCUCUUGUAGCCUUUGCCAUGCCCCUUGCUCUCAUAUUUCCUUAGUUAAAUGUCUUCUGUUGGGAACUUCCUAUCUGAAUCUGUCUCUAGAGCAGGUGAAAAAUCUAGAAGAGCAAAGAGGUUAAUGGGUUAAAGGAAAACUGCAGUGAUUAUUUUGCUAUAUAAAGUGGUAUUUAUUGUUGCACUGUGAAUGUACACCGCACUUUAUAAAAAAAUUUUAGACACUGUCCCUGCCCAGAAAACCUCAUAGUCCAUCUAGAGUUACAUAUUAAUUGAAUUUCCCAGUGUUUAGGAAAUCUUAUUCUUGACUGAUCAGCUGGGAAUAUUGCUAGGGUUUAGAGAGGCACUGUAGUCUGGAGGAAUAAAUUUGGGGCUGGAAGCCAGGAACUCCUGAGUUCUUAUCCCAAAUCUGCCACAGACUUUAUGUCACCUUGGUCAAAUCUCUUCCCAUCCCUGUGCUUCAGUUUUCCCAUUUCUAUAAUGACAAUGCCCAUCUCACAGGUCUUUGAAUUAAUACUCACUAAGCACAAUCUAAAUGCUAAUUAUUUAUUGUUAAACUAUUAAAUUAACAACAAAUAAUACAGCAUACUUUACAACAGCUUCUGAGGUUUCUGCUGCCUUGCAUGUCCAAGUGGGAGCUGUUUCCGCAGUCAUACUCUUUUCCAAAGGCAAUUUCCUGCUCACUAGUAAUUCUGUGAUGUGAUUUGGAAUAGUAAUUAGAUUUACUUUUUACACUGCAGUUUUCUUUUAAAGUGGUGAGUGUACUAGAGCAGACCCUUGAACCACCCAGUCUUAUUCUGCCUUUGGCAGUGACUGUCACCCAAUAUGUUGAAGGAAGAGCAGACACUCCCCUCUUGAACACACACAUUGGCAAAUUCACAAGUGUGCAAAGAAUGUGUUACAGGGCCUUAGUAUACACUGAUUUUAGGAGGCUCAAAGCCUCUUUGAAACUCUGGCCUGAAGCACAUCAAGGAGUCACAGUAGAGGCUAGUGCUCUAACCACCAAAAUCCACCUCUGUCACACGGGAAGUUUACAGUUUCUGUACAUCUUUAAUAGAGAUUCCAUUUACCUCAUAUUUUCUCCAUUUCCACUUCUCCUUUGUGUUCCCAGUUUGGGGUGAUGCUUUUCCUCAGCCCACCAAGUAACACUGCAAUCCUGUGUUUGGGAGCUGGCUCCUAAGUAGGAAGCAUGUGGGGUCAGACACAGGGUGUUUACUUCCUUCUCUACUCUAGCAGGAGGAGCCAUAAGCCCCUGAAAUGUUGUUUAGAAUGUGCUUGUGUUUACAGAUACUCUGUUACAAUCCAUGGGGAAAGUCAGGCAUAUCCAGGGACUGGGUCCCCUGGACUCUUAAACCUCACAAAUACCAGGCCUGACCCAUUGCAUCAGAGCACCAGGGUAAAGUGCCCUUUCUGUUGAUGAGUUUGAAACUCAAAUAGUUUUUUGGUGCCAACCUGUCUGUAGUGCUGGCAGAUGGGUAGGAGAAAUUGUCAGUAUUAUACAGAGAAUAUUGUGGUGAAAAAAGGUUAAAAGCACAGACUGCCAAAUUUCCCAUUUAUGCUGGCAUAUGGUACCCUUUCAUGUUGACUAUUUGGGUCUCUCUAUAAACAUACAUACAUACACUUAGGCGAACCGUGUACACUUGAAUUCUGUGCACUGGGAGAGAUGUGUCCUGGUUUUCUGAGAAGAAAGUGUUGGAGUGUUAAGGCCUCUAAGGUCAUAAUGGGAUUAUUUUAUAAAUAUACUUUGC